UGACAGUGAAGAUGACCGAGAACCUGGAAAAGUGCAGCACUUGCAUACCAAGCCUGACUCAUCUCCCCCUGUGGAGGGGCACGGUGACAACAACGAGAGCACAAAGGCAGACGAGCCAAACACAUCCCAGCCCAGCCAAACAGACUACAGCGAAGUGUGGAAUGUAUCCGAGGAGCUGUUUCUCUCCAAAGUAAAACCAAAGGAAGGUUGCCAAAUGGAAGAGGAGGCGGAUAAUAGCGAGGCAGAGAAGAGGCCCAAGGGAAAGGAAACCAAGGAGCCCGAGAGAGAUGUGUACACCUUCCCAGGAGACUCUGACCCCGAGAGUCCCCCCCCCGCCCCCUGGGCUCAGUGCACAUUCAUUCAGCAGUGCAGAAAGAAGAGGGUGCUGCUCAGGCCUUUCUCUGGACUUGGCACUUUGAAACGCACAUUGCCUGAGACUGACAGUCCUGGAGAAUCAAACACCACCGAGUUGAGUCAAGCUGGAGGGGUGCUUGAUUUUGAGGAGGCAGCAAAGGAAGAACGGAAAGAAGAAAAGGGCUGUAAAGAUAUCUUCACCUGUGUGGAAUGUAGCAUUUACUUCAAAAAGCAAGUCCACCUGCAGGAGCACAUAGUGGAGCACUGUGAGAGUGGGGCGGGGGUGGGCAGGCGUUUGGGAAAAGGAGGACGUUUCCAGUGUACCGAGUGCGGCUGGAACCUGGCCAAUCGGAUCGCACUGUCCGAUCACCAUAGGAGGCACCAGGAGUCCCGUCUGAAGAUCUUGGGGGAGAUUGAGAAACUGAAUGAAAAUGGGAAGGCGAGAGAGAUUCUUGAGGGUAAGACGGUGAAGCGUGUGAGCUCAGCUGUGAUGCAAGAUGCAAGCCCGGCCUCGGUUCCAGGGAAAAUGUCAGACCCUGAAAUAGUUGCACCUCUUUCCCCAGUUUCAACACCACAGGCAGACUCAGCAACUCCUACGGUUCCACGAGCUCAGGCCCGUCGCCGCUUCAUCUGCUCUACGUGUAACUUCAGCACAAGAACCCCCCAAGCGCUGGCUAAUCACGCCAAGACCCACACCAGGAAGAAAGCAGCCGCACUCCUGGCUGGUUCCCCGCCCUCUUCCCUGGCCUGUGGUCAUUGUGCCUUCCUGACCUCCAGUCAGACUGUAAUGAGGGAACACCAGAAGCUUGUUCACCCAGGACAGGCCUCCGUUUGUGGGCCGCAAGCUGAUAAGACUAGAACUUCAAAACCCAGCCUGGAUUCGGAUCUCCUCUCUGGGUCUGGGUUGCUUAAUGUGAGUCGAGGAGAAAGCCAGGAGGUAGUCUCUGCCUCUGAGGACAGCAUGAUGCCAAACUCGUCUCCAAGCAGGAUGGUUUUGAAGCGCGUAGGGAACAGAUACAGCAAACGAGGGAAAUCUUGGACCAAUCUUGCCAAGUUUCUGGGUGACGACAAACUGAUCGGGAGUGAAGAAGAGCAGGACGAAGAUCAGAGCACAGAGCUGGACGAUGAGAGUUAUCAACAGGACGCUAAAUCACUUAUUGGAGGGAAACGGCACACCAGAGCACAAUCCAACACAGAGGACUGCUCAGCACAGAACGCUUCACUAUCCCUGCCUCUUAAGAAGUGUGUGAAGGAAGAAGAUGAACUGGAAGUGGAGAAAGAUGGAAAGCUUUUAUUUUUGAGGAGAAGCCACCGGGUUCCCGCUGCUCCGGCAGAAAUUGACAGCGAUGAUGACGACGACGAAGACAUCGACGAAGAAAGUGUUCGGCGCUUCCUGUCAGAGGGCUUCUUGGAUGUGGACUCGGACGAGAUGGAUGAGGACUCGGAGGCGCUCAGGAGCGUGGAGAGGAAAUGCCCGUACUGCCCCGAUCGGUUUCAUAACGGCAUCGGGCUGGCCAAUCACGUGAGAGGCCACCUGAACAGAGUGGGCGUCAGCUACAAUGUCCGCCACUUCAUUUCCCCCGAGGAAGUAAACGCCAUUGAGAAGAAGUUCUCCUAUCAGAAGAAGAAGAAAAAAGUUGCCAACUUUGACCCGAGCACCUUCAGCGUGAUGCACUGUGAGUUCUGCCGCGCAGGGUUCGACACCCGGGCCGGCCUCUCCAGCCACGCCCGGGCUCACCUCCGAGACUUCGGCAUCACCAACUGGGACGUCACCAUCUCUCCCAUCCACAUCCUGAGGGAGCUGUUCCUCAGCAGGCCUGAUCUUGUAAUCCCCACCGAUCCCCCUCGGAGCUCCGGCUCUUCACAGGAGGAGGAGGAGGAGGAGGAGGAAGAAGAGGAAGGAGAUGAAGGAGAUGAAGAGGAGGAGAGGGAACUAGGGGAGGGGAUCGUAAUGGUGAAGCUGGAGGAGGAGACGGAGAGUGAAAGGACGCUGAGAGAUUCACUGCCUUCAGGAUCUCCUAAACGAUGUAAGAAGGAGGACGGGGAAGAAGAGAGCGAAGCCAUGUCCCACGAGGUGGAGCCUACGAGGGAUAUCCGCUGUGAGUUCUGCGGGGAAUACUUUGAGAACCGUAAAGGCCUCAGCAGCCACGCCCGAUCCCACCUGCGUCAGAUGGGAAUCACCGAGUGGUCGGUCAACGGCUCGCCCAUCGACACCCUGAGGGAGGUCAUGCACAAACAAGGGGGGGGAACAUCCUCUCGAUCGGACCAGGGAGUGAAGAAGGAGUCGACUCCAGGAGCCAGCAGCCCUUUGUGGGAUAACAUCGGCAGUUCAGAGGGUUUGGGCGUUUCUGGAUACCAGUUGUCUAAAUACCGUAAAUCUCCGCUGAGUUUGCUGCAGUCGGGGGGGUCGAGGCUCCACAAGCAGGGUCUGGGGUCUGCAUCUGCUACCCCUCCUGCAGGGAAGUUCUUCAGGGUGUCUCCACUGGGGAAAAGACCUCUUUCUGAGGAGGGCCAAUCAGUGGAGACCACCCAUUCACUAAAGACUUUCUCACCUCUCACGCAUGAUUUCUCCUACAAAAGAAAACCCUCCCCGGACAAACACGGACACCAGGAUCCCAGUUGCGAGCUGUGUGGCUUCUACUUUGAGAACCGAAAGGCUCUGGCCAGCCACGCCCGGGCCCACCUAAGGCAGUUUGGGGUGACUGAGUGGUGCGUGAACGGAUCCCCCAUCGAGACGCUCAGCGCGUGGAUCCGCAGCCGGCCACAGAAGGUGUUGGAGAUGCAUCGCAGCUACAUGCAGGGCACCCGCACCACCCUCAAGAAGAGGAGGGAUGAAGAGGAGGAGGAAGAGGAGGAGAGGCUCAGCAGGGAGGCGGACCGCGGACCAUCGUCCAGGUGCAUGGCCCCGGCUUUGUGCUUGAAUUCGUCCGUGUCGAUGAGCCGGUGUAGCAGGUCGAUGGGAGAGCCCUUGGAUUCGGAGUACUCCACCCCGAAGUGCCGCAGAAAACAAAACUCACUGAGGUUGAGCGGAGCGUCAUUCUCCUGCGGCGCCCAGAUGGGUUUGUUGGAGAGGUUGGAGGUAAAGCCUUUCAUACCCCCGGCCUUGCGUUCGGGGGAACGUAAGGGGGAAGACACCGGCAGCAGAGAGGAGAUGGGGGCUUUCCUCACCACCGAGGAGGGGGAUCCAGAGCGAAGAGGAACCGGAGAAGAGACCGGAGAGGAGGAGGAAGAGCAGGGCCGCACUGCUUUCGCUACUUUGGCCAGGAGGGAGAGAGGGAGGGGCUUCUCGUCUAAGUCCAUGUCUCCUAACGCCUCAUCUUCCCGGGGAUCAGAAGGAGAGGGGUUCUUGGCGGAGAGGGGCUCCAGGAGAGAGGAGAUUUGUUUUUGGCCGUCCACGUGUCGCUGCUUGGAGAUCUGGCGGAGGAUGUCGACGGACGCCCCCCAGCUCUCGGAAGCGCUGAGGCCCAGCCGGCGCAGGAGAGAGGCUUCCCGAGUCCAGGCUGCGCUGCCUUGUUUCCCCGGAGCUCAGACCCUCCGGAGUGGGAAGCUGGAGCUGCUCCUCAUCCUCAGCUGCUUCCUCAUCCUCACCUAUAACACCACAAACUGUUUGAGUGGUGUGGUGGUGGGGUGGAUGACGCUGACUCCUGCGCAAGGCUGUAUGGAGAAGCCGCUGACAGGUAGACAUAGGAUCGAGGAAGGACAGAAGCCGCCCCCAGGAACAGUGAAACUCCGAGUGGCGAUCAGGCGUGGCAUGGAGGUGAACGGCUGGGAGAAAAGAAGGAAGACCACCACUCCCCCCAUUCCCCACAAGGAGCCAAUUUGGGGGGUGAAAGUGUCUCAGCGACACAACGACGGGUUGUGUGGUGAACCUCUGAAGGAAAUAGGCUGUGAGUUCUGCGGAGAAUACUUUGAGAACCGUAAAGGCCUCAGCAGCCACGCCCGAUCCCACCUGCGUCAGAUGGGAAUCACCGAGUGGUCGGUCAACGGCUCGCCCAUCGACACCCUGAGAGAAGUCAUCACGAGACGAGGCCUGCCUUGUGCUCUUCCUCUGAAACCUCUCAAAACUCCCCCUCACUCCUCUCCGGGACCCCCUCGUUCCCCCUUGCCUACCUCCUCCUCGUCUCCUUCCUCCUCCCUCCUAAGCCGUCUGCCCUUCGCCUUCGCCCGCCCUGCCAGUCCUCUUCAGUCUAAAUCCAGCUCCACUCCCCCCACCUCUUCUUCUAGCGGGCUGAUCCUGAAUCUGAAGCCCGAGCCGGUGCAGAUGGAGGUCACAGCUCCUGGAUCUGUUGGAAGGACGUCAGGAUUCUCCGGUGACGCUCUGAACUGCAGCUGGAGCAGCUCCGACAGCGUGUUCCCCCUCAACCUGGGAAACUCAUCUCUGUCCCUCUUCCAGAAGAGCAGCUCUCCUCUCACAACGGAUUCUGAUCAUAUCCUCCCCAUCUCAUCGCAGAAGACCUCCUCUUCCUCCUCCUCCUCCUCCUCAUCCUCUCAGUGGUCUUCUUCUUUCGCUGUGAGCCUGGUGAGGCCUCUGACCAGAGACGUCAGCCAGGGUUCUUCAAAGACCGCUGAAGGGGAAUCUGGUCUCGACCUAAACUCUCCGUUCAGACCCGAUCGUGGCAGCCCGUCGCGGCUCGCUGACUUCCCUCUUCAAGCUCAGGUGGCACGAAGUGAGCUUAACGUCCGCCUGCCCAGAGGUUUCGAGCGUCGACCCUUAAAGCACCCGUCGUGCCCUGAGGGAACGGAGAGCCCUCCUAAACCCCCCCGCACAGGCACCGUCCCCGCUCUGGUGCCCAAACCCCCGUCCUAUCCACUGGUCAAACUGGUGGGGAAGUUCUACACCCUGAAGUGCCG